AUGAAACUCUUAAUUUUUGGAGGAACAGGACUCACAGGACAAAAAGUCAUCGAGAAAGCCAUAUCAAAGAAUCACCAAGUGGUUGCGUACAUGCGAUCCCCUCAAAAGCUGGAUCCGGUUUUGGCCUCUAAAAUCACAGUGAUUGAAGGUGAAUUAGACGACCAAGAGAACAUAAUGCAUGCUUUAGACGGCGUUGAUGCGGUUUUGUCUACCUUGGGCCCUACCUCUGCUCCUUCAAAAGGAUUGCCAAUUACCCAUGGUUAUCAAACCAUUGUUACAUGCAUGGAGCGAAAAGGCAUUCGGCGCAUUAUAGCUCUUGGAACUCCUAGCUAUAAGGAUCAGGAGUAUGAUGGGACAUCCUGGAUCGCAACUCUUGCUAUAGGCAGCAUCAAAUGGAUGAUGCACGAUGCUUAUUUGGAGAUGAAUGGCAUUGGAAACGCCCUGCAGGCAUCUCAUCUUGAUUGGACUCUGGCCAGAGUAUAUUUCCUUACGAAUGGUAACGAAGGUACUGUUAAAAGCGGCUAUGUAGGCGAAACUGGAUUCUUUAUUUCUCGUAGCGAUCUUGCUCAGUUUUUUAUAAACGAACUCGAGCAGAACGAAUUCGUCUUGAAAGCCCCAGUUAUUUAUGCUGCUUGA